AUGUUCCUGAAUCUGCUGAACAGCCGUCCAGCCCACAAUGAGUGCCCUGCAGUGUACGCAAGCCGUAUGGUGACGUCAUUGACCACAAAAUGGCGCAAUAUGAACGCCGAGGAAAUAGCUGUAUCCACGGUACUUGCGCAUAUGGCCGAUUUUGACAACCGUUUGCAGCGCAUGGUGUUUUCGUCAAAUGUACAAACUAAAAGUCAACUCCAGAUGGAACUGAAAGCAUUUACAUUUGACAAAAAGCGGAGUGCUGGAAGUACUGAUGGUAAUAGCGGCGACAGCAAGCGCGCCAAAAUUGUGUGCCACUUAUGCAAGAAACCAGGACAUAAAAUGGCGGAGUGUAAAUCAAAGCGGUCUGGAUCGAAGAACGACAGCAUUGCGAAUUACAAAAUGUGA